AUGAUCGACGACUUCACCGAAUACCCCUGGACCUGCGAGGACAACUCGAUGGAUUUCAUCCACGCCCGCGACCUCUUCGCUUGCGUGCCCGACUGGUCUCAGUUCCUCGCGCAGUGCUACCGAACCACCAAGCCCGGUGGUUACGUGCAGGUGUUCAACCGGGCGGUGUGGCUGGAAUGCCACGACGGCUCGAUCCCCGCCGCCGAGAAGCACGCGAUGAAGCGCGAGUUCCGCGAAGCGGGCGAGCGGCUAGGGAAGACGGCGACGAUCAUCGAGCGGCAGCGCGAGGAGAUGGAGAAGGCGGGCUUUGUGGACGUCACGGAGACGAAGUUGAAGAUGCCCCUGGGCACCUGA